UCAUAAUAACAUAAUAAUUCCUUGUACAAAGCAGUAUGUACUUACUGGCAGGGUCUCCAGGUGUUUCAGACUUUAAAAGAGACAAGAUAGAACAGUUAUUGUAAUCUAUGUUUUACCACAAGAUGGAGCUUCUGCUAGCAAGACUGAUAGCUGGACAAAACCUAUUGGAAAGGUGCUUCCUUCCUAUACCAAUCCUUGUGAAAUUUUCGUUCAUUAGAUAAAAAGAGAGAGAUAACACAGCCCUGGUGGUUCAUUUUGGAUUAGACUGUUGGUUCUAAAUGGAAUAAGGUCACUCUGAAUAAUAAAGUUGGGAUUUCUAAUUAUAACUGAUCCAGCGGAAGAUACAAUUGCAUGAUUUCCUGAUUAUGUUCUUAUUUUUGGAUAUUUGCUGAACUGAAAAAAAUGUUAGUUGCAGAAAAAGAAAAUGAGACAGGCAUCACCGAAUUUAUCUUCUUAGGUUUGGGAAAUCCUGGUGAACUACAGCCUUUUCUUUUCAUGCUUUUCUUGGUGAUUUACCUUGUGACAGUAACUGGGAAUCUUCUCAUCAUUGUGUUAGUUGUAGCUGACCAACACCUUCACAGCCCCAUGUACUUCUUUCUGGGGAAUUUGUCUUGCCUUGAAACCUGCUAUUCCUCAACUGUCUUGCCAAAAAUGUUGGCCACUUUGUUUACUGGAGACAGAAUAAUAACUGUAAGUUGUUGCCUAACCCAGUAUUUUUUCUUUGGCUGUUGCAUAGCAACAGAAACAUUUCUCCUUGCAGCAAUGUCUUAUGACCGUUACUUGGCAAUUUGUAGACCUUUAUUUUAUGCUUCUAUUAUGAGCAGGAAGUUUUGUUUCCAGCUUAUGGCUGGUGCGUGGAUAAAUGGUUUGAUAGUUAAUAGCAUUGUUGUGUUUCUGCUAGCCCAACUUUCUUUCUGUGGAUCCAAUAUAAUAGAUCAUUACAUUUGUGACUUAACUCCAUUGGAAAAACUGACUUGCAGGGACCCGACACUAUUUAAACUCAUUGUUCUUCUCUUGUCUUUCAUUUUUACCAUUCCUCCAUUUUUACUGACCUUCAGUUCUUACAUUUUCAUCAUUGGCAGCAUCAUAACAAUUCAAUCUACCCUUGGAAGGCAAAAAGCUUUUUCAACCUGCUCCUCUCAUCUUGUGGUGGUUUGUCUUUUUUAUGGCACAUUAAUCAUUGUCUAUAUGUUCCGAGAUUCCCCCACUAUGAAACAUCUCAAUAAAAUUUUCUCUAUUUUUUACACAAUCCUAACUCCUCUGGUCAAUCCUCUCAUCUAUACUUUAAGAAAUAAAGAAGUUCAUAAAUCCUUAAGGCGAAUGUUUAGAAAAUGUUCAUAUGCUUUGGGAAAAUAUCCAUAGAAUUCUUCCCUUGCCUUUAAUGAUGAAUGUAGUUGCUAAACCAGAUUCAAGCAUGUUUUUCCAAUCAAAGCUGCUAAUCUAGAUUUGAGGUUUCCUUUUCUUCUAGGACUGCAAAGAAGCUGCUGGUUGGAGUGUUGUUUACUAUCUAUUCUCCCAUGAAGUUUUAUAAUUGUUACAUUGAACUUUACACAUUGACUUUUCUUUUCAGUUUGGAAAUAAAUUGCUCAAAUAUCCAAAAAAUCAGCAAUUUUAUGUUUCAGGAUUGUAAAAUAAAUUUGCCUAUAUUAGAAAAAUAUAAUUAUUAGUUUUGCAACAACAGCAAUAAUAGAGGGUAUACAUACCAGAAGUUUAACUAAAUUUGCACAAGAGUUGUUCUCCUGUGUACAAUAUAUCAUGCAUCAUGGCAGAUACAAUCAUCUACCUAUUGGUUUCUAAGAGGGCUAAAUGCUUAUAAAAUAUUGUAAAUUAGCAUAUGUAAAAAAGGAAGGAAGUCAACCUCAGCAGUUUAUUUUAAUUUUUAAAAAAUCAACUAUUUUGUACAAUAUAUUUUUAUUACAAUCAUUAGAAGUAAUGGUAUUGGCAAUAUUCAGAAUAGGCACAUUUUUAAAGCCUAGUAAACUAUUCUACAUAUUCUUCAAGUUUGAGUUCCUAAUAAAUUAAUUUGUCGGAAUUGACUUUUUCUUCCAGUGUUGAGCAAAGAUUAUUCUCACUACUGUAAGCAUAUAUCUCUUUAGUUGUUAUGUUUCUUGUUGAUUAUUUCUAAUAAAAAGUUGUGAUUUCAUUUCAAAUUUAAAUUUUAAAACAUUAUGUUAUGUGUAACUUUUGCAUUAUUUUUAUUUCUACACCACAUUUAUACACCACAUGUUCAUUUUAUUUCCUGGUAUUUCCAACAUCUAUUGCUGUAUGAUUUACCUAUCUUAGAUGAUAUUGAUAGAUGAUGGUAGUAUACCAUCAAUAAUACAUUUUAUACCAAUUUUUCUUUAGCUUACAACAGUGUAAAUUGUAUAGAUUUAGUCCAUCAUUCUUCCCACUAUUGUAUAGUAACUAUUUCUUUGAAAUUUUUAUGCAUUUUAUUGUAAUUUUUUGUUCCGUGUCAAGUCUAAAUAAAAGUUUGUAUUUACAACCUAGUAAAUGUUUUGAUUUGUAUUAGCACUUCAAAUUUAUUUUUUUUCUUGAUGUUCCUCCUUCCUUCUUGAGAUCCAAUUUAUUUUUAAGUAAAUCAGCUAUAUUCCAUCUUCCAUUAAGUAAUUGUU